GGGAUGUGGCGAAAAAGAAACCAUUUCCCACGCUUUCUGCGUGUGCCACCUAGUGUCCCCUCCGUGGAACUGGGUGUCGAUGCUAAUUAACAAAUUAUAUACCACUCCUAUCUUACUAACUAAUCCCCUCAUUCUGCUUCGCCACGGCUUACCCCGGGGCAAGCAAGUUCACUUUUCAAAUGAGCUCUCCUCCUUUCUCAUUAAACUCACUUUAAAUGAACUGUAGGCCACUCGGAGAGGUCUCAGAGGGCUUCCGAUAUUUUUGCUUCCUUUAGCAAUCCUUUUAAGUUGAGAAUGAGUGAAGAAAGUGUUUCGAUUAGUCAAUUUACUAGCACCGCAGAGAGUGGGGAUGUCCCGGAUGCGAAACUGGUUGAUCCUGUUUGAGUGAAUUGUGGGCGGAGAUCACACCUGAGGUUCCAGUUCGAUGUACUUAGGAAUUUGGUUAGUAAUGGUUUGCGAUUCAAAUGUGUGGUGUUCCAGAGUGGUAGAGAUAAGUCUAGGCUCGUUAAAGAUCGCUCGGUUUAUUUUGCGGUUGAUACGAUGGUUACUAGUCAAACUAUCCUCGAGGCAUUUGACGCUGCUGGCAUUGAUAUCAAUGAAAUCACUACCAUCCAGAGGAAAGCUUCGAAUAAAACCUGGAUUGUAACGUUUGACUCCCAGCUAGCGAAAGAAGUAGCGUUGGAGGUCGCCCGUGUUGAGAUUGGUGGUUCAACCAUUUUCCUGGGCGACUGUGAAAACUGCCUAGUUCUUGUUAAGCUGUAUGAAGUGGCAGCUGAGCUGCCAUACACGGUCUUAAUUGGCCGUUUAAAUCAUUAUGGUCGUGUUUGCAGCUUUCGAAGGGAUAAAAUAGCACAGUUUAUUGAUAAUGGUGUGCGUACUGCUCGGAGGAGUUUCUCCCGGCAUAUUGCUUCGACCAUCAACCUGGCCGGUGAAUUCAUUUGUGUGUGGUAUCCAAGCCAACCUAAAACGUGUCAUAAUUGCGGUUCUGAAGACCACCUCGUGAAGGACUGUUCGUACGUUCGUUGUUUCAAUUGUGAACGUCUUGGUCACCACACGGAAAACUGCGAGGAACCGGCUAAGUGUACAGUGUGUAAGGCUGAUAACCACAACCUGGCCGAUUUUCCGUUUGUCCUUAAAAGUGCUAAUGUGGACAGCGGUUUAAAAGACGAUGCAGAGGAGACGGACGACAAAAAGCAGAAGGAAAAGCAGAAAUUUCGAGUAAAAUUGGAUCAGGCAAAGAAUAAACAGCAAGAAAUGGAACAACAAGGCCGCAUGGAAAUGGAGGGUGGGUGAUUGCACAAGGCGAGGCAGGAGAAAGACAAGGGUAGAGAAAGGAACAAAGACAAACAACAAAGGGGCGAAGAGAAAAGAGGUGUAAAGGUCGGGGACUCAAGGAAGAAGGCGGAGCGUGAUGAUAAAGAUCGGCGACAUGAAUCGGAGAAA